AUGACAAUAGUUCGCAAAGCUGGCUCUCUAGCAGUCAUUGGCUCAGGGAUCUCUGGUCUUUCGUUUGCUUACUAUCUUUCAUAUUUUCGUCCCGAUAUUAAAAUCACCAUCUUUGAGAAAUCUUCCAGAACUGGAGGAUAUAUAUCAUCUCCUUUGGAUAAUAAAUCACAUAAAGUGAUACUUGAAAAGGGUCCUCGAACUCUACGGACUGCUAGUGAUGGUACGCUUAUGAUUGCUGAUCUUUUCCAACGUUGUGGCCGAUGUGAUGAAGUAUAUGGGGUAGCCAAGACGUCAUUGGGGAACAAGAAGUAUAUCUUGGACUGGCAAAACCAUUUAGUCGAGGCACCUCUGAGUUUCUAUACUGCUUGGAAUUUUCUAUUUGGUGGUAACUUACUCACCAAAGGUUUAAUCAAUGAUAUUUUGAAAGAACCAUGGAGACCUGGUCCGAUCAUUACCCAAGACGAAUCGGUUGAAGGGUUCUUCAGCCGCAGAUUUGGUCCUAGAGUCACCGAUAAUGUUGUUAGUGCUAUUUAUAAUGGGAUCUACGCAGGAGACGUUGGGGAUUUGAGUAUCCGAUCGGUGAUGCCUAGAUUAUUUGAUGUAAAAAAACUGCAUCGUUCGGUGGUGUUAGCGCAUAUCACCAGCCGGUUGGCCAAUGGAUUAUUUACUGGUGUGAAAGGAUUAUUCAGGGCCGGGUUGACGAUGUUGGGUCUCUUAAAGAAAAAAUGGGGCGGCGGGAGUGAUUUGUUGAGACAUUACCAAUGCGAGUUUUCUACGGGGAAUGUCUGGUUUUUAAAAAAUAUUUUGAAAAAAAUGCCGAUUAUUUCUCUUAAGAACGGAAUGGAAUCGGUGACAAAUCUACUUAGGGAUCAAUUGCAAGGAAUUUCUAACGUUAAAUAUGUUUACGAUUGUGAUAUUUCAGGAAUUAAAAAUGGGGAAAAAGGCAUUACCAUCAGUUAUACUCAUAACGGGACCGAGCACCGUGAUAUUUUUGACCAUAUUAAUUGUACGGUAUCUCCAAAAGGUUUGAGUGAUAUGGUUGAAGAUCCAAAAUUGUCAAACUUAUUGAAAGCCCCAACUUACAGUAAAGUGAGGUUAGUUAAUUUCUAUUUGCGCAACAAAAACUAUAUCCAAGACAGUCCGGGCUUUGGGUACUUGAUUCCUAAGGCAUAUUACAAACAUAAUCCUGGUUUGAAACACCAAGCGAUCCUUGGAGUUAUAUUUGAUUCGGAUGUCGAAAAACAUAGACUGCAAAUUUUCAACCCAGCAACCAAGCGAUUUUCUGCCAAGCUUGGGGAAACUGUCGAGGAAUAUAAGAGAAACUUGAUUAAUGGAGAAGAUUGGAAAAAUAAAGGUACCGAUAAAGAAAUCGCGCAAUAUAAGGGUGAGUUCCAUGAAGUGUCAUCGACUCAAGAGUAUACUAAGUUAACCCUAAUGAUGGGGGGUCAUUAUUGGAAAAAUGAGGUUAUCCCUAAUGAGGCAACUGCACUUUUGAAUGCCAAAGAUGUAUUGAAAAAACAAUUGAACAUUGAUUUGAAUGAAAUUAGUGAAGACGAUCUCAUAAUUGAAACAGCAAUGACCGACGAAGGUAUUCCUCAAUACAAUGUAGGGUUUGAAGAUACGAAACAGGAGAUUUUGGAUAAAGUUGAUGUAUUAUACCAGGGGAAACUUACGGUUAGUGGUAUGAGUUUUAAUGGAGGAGUUGGUGUUCCUGAUUGUGUUUCAAAUGGCUAUAAGUUGGCUGCGCAUAUGUGA